AUGCAAGAAACAAUUAACGCUAGCCUUAAUAAUAAAAUCAAUGACUUUAGCUCAUGCCAACACAUCAAAAGAUAUUUGGAUUCUGACGGAUGGUGCAAAAAAUGUGCACUAAAAAAUAAUAAAUGGACAAGUGGAAAUGUCCAUAUUGAUAAAUUUAUAAAGAAAACCCAAAAGAAAUCUAGUAAAUGGACCGAUAAUUUCUUGGAAUGGAUUCCAUUCGAAAACUUUGAAGCUAAAAGCUUAAAGAAAAUUGGCAGUGGAUGUUUUUCCAACAUUUAUCGUGCCACUUGGUUGGACGGUAAAAGAGUCAAAUCUGCAAAUAAAACUGUUUGUGCUCGAUCUUCUCCAAUAACCGUUGUUCUAAAAAGUAUUAAAAAUUCUGCAAAUAUGUCUGGAAAAUAUGUUAAAGAGAAAUAUUACAAAUGCACGUUGGUGAAAUCCAAAAAAUGUUCAAGUCAUUUUGUGGAAAUCUACGGAAUAACAUAUGACGUUAAAGCCGACGAAUACAUAUUAGUAACCCAAUAUUCCGAAUUUGGUAAUCUUAGAGACUUUAUCAAAGAAAACAAGUUCAGUAAUAUUAGUUGGUCGCAAAAACUUUGGUGGUUGUGCGACAUCACUUCAACUCUUGCCACCAUUCACAAAGAAGGUCUGUUUCAUGGAAAUUUACAUCCUGGCAAUAUUUUACAAAUUGGUGAUGACGUUAGAGAAACUCGAUCCACCCUUGUUGAUGUUGGAUUAUCAAUGCCUGCCAAUGAUAAUUUCGCUGAUUAUAACGAAGCCCUUGAUAAUAACGACGAUGAAGCAGCUGAAAAAGCAGAAAAUUACGAAAUAGGUCGUCAAUUCAAAAGUUCAAACGAAUUUAUCAAGAAUAUGGAUGAUUUCAAGGUGGAACUUGAACCCAAAGCCAUUUAUUCCAGCAGACAAUUUGAUUUCACUGAUUAUAAUAAUAUUAUUAUUACUAAUUAUGUUGAUGUAAAAUAUGAUAAUGUCAGAGAUAGUAGCAGUAGUGAUGUUAGGAGUAGAAGCGACAGCACAAGCAGCAGUGGCAGCAAAUCCAAAAAAACAAAUACAUUUACCAACUUCGCCGCCACAACCAACAAUACCACCGUCACUGAUACCGCUUCAAAUGCUGGCCCUACGAUGAAACUAUCAGAUAAACAAUUACUUGUGUUGCUUGGGAUGACUAUUGUAUCAUUGAACGGAUUGUGUGCAAGUUACGUUAUUAUUAGAACCCUGAAACGCUGGUGUGUUACUCGCACUUCUUUGCCAAUGGCUUUAAGGGUUCCUUUCUAUAUCACUAUGUCAGAACCAUGGCCAGAAAAUCCACAAUGUAAAAUAGUAGGCGGCCUAACUUUCUUCUUUGUAGCUUGCCAUAUGUUACUAGUGGAAUUAUUGGCAUUGUUCACCUAUUUAAGAGUUUGUCGUGGUAAAAGAAUUGAUUUGUCAAGAUUUGAUUGGAAAAUGUUCAUUUUGAUUUUUUCCAUUUCUUCGUUGCUUACUUUGAUCGGAAUACCGAGUUAUGGAUCUGGAAAAUAUUGGUGUUUUGCGACUAAUAAAAAAAGUAUUGCAGUGCCGGUUAUUUUAGUAAUAAUGACCUACACGGUAUUGGGAGCAACGUUAUUUUUUUAUAUAAUGACAAUUAGAAAAGUAAAUUCCGUUCUCCAAGAUACAAAUGUACAAUGGUCACCUUCAAGUGUUUAUGUGUUUGGUCAAAUCGUUGGUUAUGCACAUAUUUGGGUUUAUUUUGUAACAGAAAUGACGAUAAACUUGGGUGGUAUCCUCAACAUGAUACACAACAACGGCGAGAUUAACAAAUAUAAUAACUUAAACUCUGGCUCAGAUUCAGAUUCAAAUUCUUUAAUCACUGCCAAUUUAAGACAUGAUGGUGAUGCAGAUGGAGGUAAAGAUUUUGUUGUCGUGGAUCUUAACGGCAACAAGAAUGAGAAGAUGGAAGAGAAUUUAGAUAAUGAUAAAGAAAACAUUAAAUAG